CCUGGUAGCCAAGGAGGUAUAUGUACUGUACAAAAAUCCGCGCUCGCAAACACUUUGUGUAAAAACCAGGUCACGAGAAUUGUAUUGUAUAUUAGUUCACUACAAAAUGUUGAAGCUGUCGAAAUUGGACGAAGACAAAGGCAUUGUUUACUGUAACCGCGUGCUUCUCGGUAAUUGGUAUGAAUCUGCCAAAUUGGAGGAGUACAAAUUGGAGACAUUUCGGAAUCAAAUGGAAAAUGGUGACAUGAUACUUGCCAGAUACCGGAAGAUGACUGAAAACCUUAAUAAACCCACCGUCUUGACCCAGUCUACGGGUAGCACUUCUUUUGGUGCCAAGAUUUCAUUGCUUGCACCUCACGUAUCAGUUUUAAACAAUCCCAGUGCGGAAUAUAAGGGUCUCUUCUUGGGUGGUCGCAUUUCGGCUGAUGAAAUAAUGUACUCACAAGAGCUCCGCGAUGGAUGCUCGGUGGUAGCUCACCAGGAUGUGGUGCCACAAGAAAAACACACCUUCGUGAUAACCAGUGCCGAUUACUGCAAUCGGGAACACGAAGUUUUGAAGUAUAAUCAGGAAUUUCUUCUAACUCUCUCUAAAACAGUGAAGACAAAGCCCCUUUACGUGAGGUUCGACCCGAACCCAAUCCCAGGUUUGUGCGGAAAGUUCCCGUUGUUCCUGAGCGAGCAUCCGGUGUCAAGCACGCGCUGGCGAAUCCUGCCGGUCCAGAGGCCUAACAUCUCUCGCUUUGAACAGGAAGGGAAACCAGUCCCUGUAAAUGAAGACAUUAUAAUAAAUCAUUGCGCCACCAAUAUUAAUUUAGGCGUGGACACCGGGAAGUGGGAAUUGGGAUUCUACGGGAAAAUUUACGCUCCCACGAUGAAAACUUGCUUAGACGUAUUUGGGCGCGAAUUGCCGAAUAACAUUUGGCAUAUUCACAUUCCCGUCGCCAAAGACUGACUGACUUUUCAGUUGUUUGCAGCGUAAUAUGCAAUGUACCAAAUGAAGGAUAACCAACCAACGAUGGAAAAAUUCAACAAACAACGCACAAUUUUAACCACUUUCUAAAUGUUAUCUACAUAAGACACAAAAAUCAUGAGGAUGUUACAUUUU